AUGGUUGACCAAUCGGUUCUAUCAAUAACAAACCACGGUUCAGAUUCUUCCACUAGAGUAUUAUCAAAGGGAUUCACCGACUGGGUUUUCGACUGUCACGGGUUCUGGCACAAUGCUGUGUUGAUCCUCUCCUCUUUUCUCUUCGUUUUGUAUUUGGCUCUUCAAGCCAGGAAGAGCUUCGUUAAACUCACCAAUGGCCGCUCUUACAUCAUUAUCUCUUAUUACGCCUCUCUUUGGCUUGUCAGCAUCCUUAAUCUCGCUUGGUGCUUUUCUCAGGCAUGGGAGUGUUCGCCUGGGAAAGAGCUAACUUGGAACUUGUUGUCCUUGUUCACUUCUUCUGGAAUGCUGUUUCUAGAAGUGAGCUUGCUCGCGUUUUUACUUCAGGGUAAUAAUGCAACUGGUGUCGACGCUUUGACACGAACUUUCGGUAUAUCUGGUAUCAUUGUUGGUUUUGAUGUCUUGUUAAAGGCUAUAUAUCUCUUUGCAUUUGGGGUCCCAUUGUUCAUUGAUACCGAUUACAGUACUCCCCGUGUCAAGUGGAACUUAUGGGUUAUCCACAAGCUAGUCCUUACUGUUGUUUAUGGGUUCAUAUUGUUUAUGUAUCAUUCUAGGUGGAGAGAAAGGUUACCGGCAAGACCGGCGUUCUACAAGUAUGUUAUUAUUAUGUUCAUCGUGAAUGCAAUUGCGUUGUUUGCUUGUGGGCUUACUGGAAGUGGCGCUGCUUUUGCUUUUUGGUUUUAUCGUGUCACUGUUGUGUGUUACCAUGCCUUUUAUCUUCCACUGCUGUAUAUUACAUUUCUGGCUGACUUUUUUCAGGAGGAAGAUUUUCACAUGGAGAAUGUGUAUUACUCUGAAAUGAAAGAUGCUGGUUUCUUCGAAUCCGAUUGGGACUGA